UUUUUGUCUUUCAGGAUGAUCAUGACAGUCUGAAUCCAGUUCUCAGGGACAAUCCUCAGCUCCAUGAGGAAGUUAAAGCCUGGGUAAAAGAACAGAAGGUGCAGGAGAUUUUUAUGCAAGGUCCCUAUUCUUUGAAUGGCUACAGAGUGAGAGUGUAUAGACAAGACUCUGCCACCCAGUGGUUCACUGGCAUCAUUACUCAUCAUGAUCUUUUCAGUCGCACUAUGGUUGUAAUGAAUGAUCAGGUUUUAGAGCCACAGAAUGUUGAUCCUUCUAUGGUUCAGAUGACCUUUUUAGAUGAAGUCGUUUACUCUUUAUUAAAAGGUGAAAAUAUUGGCAUAACGUCACGGCGAAGGUCGCGAUCCAAUCAGAACAGCAACGCUUCUCAUUGUCAUUAUACACGUGCUCAGGCUAAUAGUCCCAGACCAACAAUGAAUUCUCAGUCUGCAGCAACGAAACAAAGUCCAGUACAAUCACAACAGCCGCAGAUGCAGCAGCAACAGCAAAUGCAGCAGCAGAGGAAUGCCCGGUCGUGCAAGAGGAAGGGAUCAGAUAGCAGCAUCCCGGAUGAAGACAAGUUAAAGGAAGAAAAAUGUGAUUUCACUGGAAGAGGAGAUUUUUUGAAAAACAAAAAUAAACAUAGCUUAAAUAAAAAACGUAAACCAGAGAACGAAAAGAAAUUGGGUUUAAAAAGAUUACGGGCAGAUGAUGGCUCUGAUUACUCUGUAAGCAGUGACUCUGAAAACUCAAAUAAAAGAAUAGAUUCUUCCUCAGAGCUGAAUUCAGAGACUGAGGUGAAAAACAAGAGCACUUCAAAGGCUAGCGAAGAGGAAGGAAAAUCCCAGAGUGGUGAGGGGGCAGUGGAACAGAAAUUAACUGAUGGGCAGUCUCCACGGGAUAAAAUACAGGAAGAUGAAAAACAACAUGAGCAAGAGAGGCUUCAGGCAGCUGCUUCUGUGCUGCAAGAAGAAAAGCCUCCAGUUCAUCCAGCAGAUCCGCCUACGCUUUAUGAGCAGAAUGCCAAUGUUCCAGAUGUUCAAGGCUACAUUGUGGAAAAGCGAAGUGCUGUGAACUUAAUACCCAGGGGAUUUUGGCCAGCUAAACCUACUACACCCAAAUGUGUUAUUGACAUUACUGAUGAAGGUAAUUCAGAUAGGACAGUUAAGGAAAAUAAGCAAGUCACAGUUUGUUUACAGACAUCCCUUCAAUCAGAUUCACGUAAUAGCGACUCAAAAAAUUCACUUUCUGAAACUGUUGCCUUUGAAAUAAAAAAAGACCUUGAUCAUCCUCUGAAAAAUAAUGUAAAAAAAAUGGAUUUCGCACAGACAGAGGCAAUGAAAAACUUACAGGAAGGGCUAAUAAAAAAUGAGAAAGAAAAGCCAUAUUACGGCACAGUAAGGCCUUCUAUUACUGCUGUUUUUCACAGUGAAGAGGUUAAAAAGAUGAACAGGCAGCACCCCCCUUCUGAGCCACUUAAUCCAAAGUUUAACACUUCAGCUGAUAUUUCUAGGAGUAAAUCCAGUGCCUCUCCAGAUGCUUCUAAAUCUAAAACAAAUUCAUCUGAAACACUGAAGCCAAAAAUGAACUUCCAGAGCAGUCAGGCUGCUGUAGUUGGUUGGCAAGUUGCAAAAAGUGAACCUGAGUUCCCCAGGUCAAGUUUUCAUCCAGUACGAAGUGCAGAUGCUACAAAAAGCCCACUACUUAUUGACAGAAAUGAACCUUUUACAGUUUACAGGGACCCUGCACUGAUAGGCCCGCCAUCAGAAACAAACCGCCUUUCAUCAUACCUUCACCAGCACCUUCACCCUCUACACGUUUCAUCUCAUACAAGUUGUUUAACACCAAGUACGCACCAUGCAGCUUUAAGUGCUUCACCUCAUCUUCUAGGUGGGCCAGCAGCUCAGCCCUCCUUGACUGCUAUCACUGCGCAGCACCAUUCAGUUCAUCAGUCCCAUCAUCUGUCAGCAGUCCUCUCUGGAGUACCUGCUGCACCAUUAAUAUCAGGACAUCCACGUCUGGACUCUGUACAUGCCAGCAACCUCAGUCAUUUAGCACUAGCACACCAUCAACAGCAGCAGCUUUUACAGCAACAGCAGCCUCCUCACCUUCUUGGUCAAGCACACCCAGCCUCUUCAUAUGGUCAACUUGAACUCUACUCAAUUAUGUGGCCCUAUCCAAAUGGAACGCAUCCUUAUCCAGGACUUAGCCUGUCUUCAUCCAAAUGGGCCCAUCCUGAAAAUUCUGUGAAUGCAGAAUCCUGUCUUAGAAGGAAUACUGCAAGCCCUUGGCUACAUCAGCCCACCCCUGUGACCUCAGCUGACAGCUUAGGGUUACUGAGCCACAUUCCUGUCAGACCCUCCAGCGCUGACCCUCAUCGACCUCUCAAAUUGCCUGCUCAUUCUAGUCCACCGCUGUCAAAAGCAGCUGUAGAACAUCACAAAGAAGAGGUAGAGAAGAGAGGAUUCAUUGAGCCAUUGCACUCUGCUAGACCGUCAGCAUCUUUGAAAGCAGAUCUUGAACAUAGUAGAACUCAGACUGGAAAAGACAGCCAAUUGCAUAGACAUUUCAUGGACUCUCCUUUGAGCCACAGCAAACAGAGAUCACCGCAGGAACCCGGGGACAGGCUGGGCAAGCAUAAAGAAGAAAACCGAAGAACUCUUACAGAUGGCAUCGAUGUUGCACAUUUUGGAGCUAAAAUCAAAGGGACCGAUGUGGAGAAAGACAGUUAUUCUAGGAUAGCUUCAUUACCUGUUGCCAAGAGUGUUUCACAAAAAACAGAGAAAGACACAGAACGGACGGUAUCAGAACUUUAUAAAAUAAAACAAUCAGUUGCCCAGACUCUGCCGCAGAGCAACUAUUUCACUACAUUGUCAAACAGUGUGCUAAAUGAGCCACCAAGGUCAUAUCCUUUUAAAGAAACUACAAAUCCAUUUGCUGAAAAGUCACCCAGUAAUCCUUCGUCUACAUCUAAUUCCUCAACUGUGACAUCAUUUAGAAAGCCCCCUCCUCUAAUUAAGCAUCAGCCAGAAGGUGAAGGGUUAAUGAGUAAGAUUACAGAACAGCUUUCUCAACAAGUGUCAUCUCCUUCUGGUAGUGCUAAAAAUGACUCCCGGAGCCCUGCUGCCCAGGUAUCUGUUUCUCCUUUAAAUGGACUUCCUGUUAUGCCAGCCUUGCACAGGGCACCAGUGUUCCAUCCCCCAGUUCAUCAUAGCCAAGAAAGAAAAGAUAGCAAUUAUGCUAGCCUUUCUCCACCAACAUUAACUCCAGUACAGCCAAUGAAUGCUUCAGGCAAACUCCCAGAACUGCAGAAACCACCAACGUUAGUGCCUGAACUAAGGGAAUUAAAUACUGUUCAUAAGGCUGUCUCAGAGACAAGUUGUCCAGAUAUUUGGAAAGCUUGUGACACAGUAAUGCCUGAAAAGUCUGGAUGGCAUUUAGAGAAAAGCAGUUUAAAACCACAGUCAGCCACAGCAUCUGUUAUUGUACGCCCACCUAGUACAAAAUUUGAUACUGGACAAGUAAAACAGUUAACUUCCAAAAGUCCUUCUAGUGAACGGUACUUGACAGUGACAAAUUCAGUGGACAGCAUGAAAGCAUCAGAGGUCAGAGAGACAGGGAGGGUAAUUUUAGCAAAUAUGACCCAUGACAGUUCUCGUGUACAGUUUGAUAAGAAUUCCAAGCCUUUGUUACAGGAGAGUGGUGAGGCUCCUGUAACAUCUCCUUCCAGUAUGUUCUACAGUACUGAGAGUGUUGUAACAACUGCUGCAAUCACAACCACCUCUGUUACAAGUCAGAAUAGUUCCGAUGUCAUUUCUUCUGCUUUAACAACCACCAACCCUGCUGGUGCUGGAACUGAGUGCCCUGCUCCAAAAACUGCAACCCCGAUUGUAAUGGGUACACAAACAUCGGAGUGUAAAGUCAGUAACAACAGCAUGCUUAUGUCCACUUUCCAUCCAGUCAUUAGCAAAACAGGAAAUGUAACACAGCCUCUCCCUGGCCCUCCUAGCACAACUGAUUUUUUCCACUUAAAAAAGCACAAAGCCGCACUUGCUGCUGCCCAGUCUAGAAGUACCAAUGCCGGUGAUAAUGAUCUUGUUAGCAGCACAGAUCAGAAAUGUCCAUCUUCUGUUUCUCAAGAAAAUGUCACAGCCAACAGUACAAUAACCAAAGUCAGCACUGUAAGUAAUGGGCAAGCAUCUCAGGCAAGUCAGCCUAACUUUCAUACAAAACUGAAAAAGGCCUGGCUGACACGACACUCUGAAGAAGACAAACACACUAAUAAAACAGAAACACCUGAAAGUACUGUAUCAGACAUAGUGAAACCUUGCACUGCUACUCCUUUAGAUUCUUCAACAAAUGACUUGGGUGAUAACAAAGACAAUAAUAAUCAAGAAGAGGGAACAUUAAAGGAUGACAAAGUUACAGGUAAUGCAGUGAAAAGGGCUUACGAAUCUGGGUCUGAAAGUGAUGACUCAGAUGGAAGUGAAAGUAGGUCUGAACAAAGGACUAAACGGCAACCCAAACCAACAUACAAGAAGAAACAAAAUGAUCUUCAGAAGAGAAAGGGUGAUACAGACAAAGAGGAAGAAACAGUAGAAGUUAAACCCAAUGGUGUCCUAAGCAGAGGCUUAAGAGAAAAGAACAAACUUAAAUUACAGAGUAGCAAUGGCAUACCUCGAUCAGUAUUAAAAGACUGGAGAAAAGUUAAAAAGUUAAAGCAGACAGGAGAAUCCUUUUUGCAAGAUGACUCCUGCUCAGAAAUAGGACCUAACCUACAGAAGUGUCGAGAAUGCAGAAUGGUUCGCAAUAAAAAAGGCGAAGAACCAGCCCACUCUCCAGUCUUUUGUAGAUUCUACUAUUUCCGUAGGUUAUCGUUCAGUAAGAAUGGCGUUGUCAGAAUAGAUGGCUUCUCAUCUCCAGACCAAUAUGAUGAUGAAACUUUAAGCCUUUGGGCACCAGAUGACUAUGAAGACAAUGAACUAGGUGUCAGCUACUCACGGUACAUCCUUGGCAAUAUAGGGGAUAAAUUUUGUCAACUGGUAAUGUCUGAAAGGACGGCCCUAUCAUGGAUAAAAAAAGAUGCCAAAAUUGCCUGGAAGAGAGCAGUAAGGGGAGUCCGGGAGAUGUGUGAUGCAUGCGAAGCUACUCUGUUUAACAUUCACUGGGUCUGCCAAAAAUGUGGAUUUGUGGUCUGCCUGGACUGUUACAAAGCAAAAGAAAGAAAGAGCUCCAGAGAUAAGGAACUCUAUGUGUGGAUGAAGUGCGUUAAAGGGCAGCCACACGAUCACAAACAUUUGAUGCCAACACAGAUUAUUCCAGGCACUGUUUUGACAGACCUUGUAGAUAUGAUGCACACCCUUCGCGAUAAAUUUGAAAUUACUUCUCAUUGUCCUUGCACUAGUAAGCAGAAUGCGCAGCUUGCAAAGCUCACUACAACCAAUGGAGUGUCGCAGGUACUUCAAAAUGUUCUCAAUCACAGCAACAAAAUCUCUCUUUGCUUGCCUGAUGCUCAGAAACAAACCAAUCCCAAACCAGAGACUAAUGGGAAUACAAGCCCUGCAAGUGACACAAGCACAGACAGCAAGCUAACUCCACCAGAGUCACAGUCACCAUUGCACUGGUUGGCAGACCUUGCAGAGCAGAAGUCGAGAGAAGAAAAGAAAGAAAAUAAAGAAACUCCUGUUGGCAAACAAGUUAAAGAUGAGAAAGAUCAUUUGGAAAGUCCAUUGUCUAUGAACUGUAAAAAUUCAGCUCCAGUUUCUCACGGCAGUGAGUCUGGCUCAACCUUACGAGAUUUGCUGACCACAACAGCUGGAAAGCUUCGUCUAGGGUCUACAGAUGCUGGGAUUGCUUUCGCUCCAGUUUAUUCUACAGCGUCUCAUGUUGGUAAAGGGGGAAGAAGUAUGCCGAACAUCCUUGAUGAUAUAAUUGCUUCAGUUGUAGAGAACAAGAUUCCAGCUAACAGGACAUCAAAGCCAAAAUUAAAUGCUGAGCUACCUGAAGACAAAAAAGACUUCAAAAAAGCUGUUCUUAAUGAGGGACAUAAACCUCAUAGUGAUAUUCCACAUGCGUGGCUCUGUGAUAGGUGUUUCCUUUGGCUGAAAGAUCCUAAACACAUUAAAAACUGGAAGGUAUUUCGAGAAUGUUGGAAAAAAGGCCAGCCUGUACUGGUUUCUGGGCAACACAGAGAAAUGAAUGCAGAUCUUUGGAAGGCAGAGGUGAUCAGCCAGGAAUUUGGAGACCACCAUGCAGACUCCAUAAACUGUAAAGAUGGCACUAUCUCAGACACUAAUAUCAAGGAAUUCUGGGAAGGAUUUGAAGACAUUACAAAACGACAGAAAUUAAAAAGUGGAGAACAUUCAGUAUUAAAGUUAAAAGACUGGCCAUCUGGUGAAGAGUUUAAGACUAUGAUGCCUUCUAGGUAUGAUGACUUUAUAGCAAAUCUGCCUUUGCCAGAAUAUACUGAUCCUGAAGGAAGAUUGAACCUGGCUUCCCAUUUGCCUGGAUUUUUUGUACGACCAGACUUAGGGCCAAGAAUCUGUUUUGCUUAUGGUGUGGCAGCUGCCAAGGACCAAGAUAUUGGAACUUUGAAUCUCCAUCUUGAAGUGUCAGACAUAAUUAGCAUACUCCUAUAUGUUGGAAUUGUAAAAGAAAAUGGAGAACUCAACAAACCAGGUGAUUUAAAGAAACUUGAGGAGGAAGACAUAGACGAUCAUUUGAAGAAUCGGUUGAAGGACUCUAGUGAAAUUCCAGGUGCUCUCUGGCAUAUCUACUCUGCAAGAGAUGCUGACAAGAUAAAGGACUUUUUGCAAAAGGUUGCAAAAGAAGAGGGUUUAGAGAUGCCUUCAGAGCAUGAUCCACUCAGAGAUCAGAGCUGGUACUUGAACAAAAAGCUCCGCCAAAGACUUUUGGAAGAUUGUGGGGUGAAAUGUGUAACAGCUCUUCAGUUCCUUGGUGACAGUAUAAUUUUACCAGCUGGAACACCGUAUCAGAUUCAAAAUCUCCAUAGUUGUAUUCAAGUGACUGAAGACUUCGUUUCUCCAGAACAUCUUAACCAGUCAUUCCACCUGACACAAGAACUGAGACCACUUAGAGAAGAAAUCAAUUUUGAUGAUAAAUUGCAGGUGAAGAACAUACUGUACCAUUCAGUGAAAGAAGCAGUCUCAGCUCUUAAAAUAUAUGAAAUUGAAAUGGAAGAAAUGCAGGAAAGCUAAGAAUCGUAAUUUCCUCAUUUUACGGUCAUGUUUCAUCAAAGGAGUGAAUGCUUUGCGCUUUCUUCUCUGUGGCUCUGUGAUAAAAUGGUUGCACAUAAGCUUAGACAUCACAACCCUACAGUGCCAAGAAAAUGUAAUUCUGGUAUUUAUUAGUUACUGAUACCACAACAGUAUAGUUCCAAAUAUCACAUUUUUUUGUGAUGAAAACAACAUUAAGUUAAUCGCAACUAACAGGAAAACAGCACUCUUAUUAUGUAUUAUAUUGUAUAUUACUACAUUUGUGAAAAUGACAGAUUUAAAUGAUGUAUUUAUUUUUGAAAAAAAAAACAUAACGAAUUACAAAAUUCUAUGCUAUAUUGUAGAUCAAAGUGUAAAUGUGACUUGUACAGUUUGCUAAAAUAAUUUGGAUAUUUUUCACUACAUUGAGACAGUUACUGUGAGGUGAAAACAAAAACAAAAAACAAAAAAACAAAAAAAACAAAAAAAAAAACACCAGCUGUUGCCUGUUAUGGGGAAUUUGUUGACACGCACAGCCAUCAUGUCAUAUCUUAUAUAAAAUUACUGCCAAACGACUGUAAACAUUGUAUAGUUAUAUAUUAUAAAACAGAUAAUUAUUAAAUACACAAACACUUAAAACAUUUUAUUAAAACUAUUCACUGUAAAAUUAAAGAGACGUUUGCAGAGUUGUAAUUUAUUUGAACCUUGUCUCAUUUUGUUAAAAUUUGUUAUGGUGAAUUUUUGAAGUUAAAUAACUAUUAAAAAUUAAUAUGCCGUGUAAAUAUAUACAUAUAUACAUUCAAUGAUGUAUUUUUUUAAAAAAAAACAUGGCUUGCUUCAAUUUGUUAAAGUGCAAGUGUUAAACAUGCUUUGUACAUUGAAAGUUGAAAAGGGUUUUACAUUUUCCAUUAAAAUGAAUUUAUCAUA